AUGUGCUGUCCCUGGGCGCCAAGAAACAGGAUCUCCAGAGUGGGGUCAGGUGUCGUCUGGUCUCUCCUCUCUCUAACGGGGCUGACUUUGUGCGCGCAGGAAUCGGAUGUGGACUGGGACGACCUUUGGGAUCAGUUUGAAGAGCGGAGGUACCUGAGUGCCCGGAGGUGGAAGGGCGGCGAGGACCCGUACCGGCUCCAUGCCUUUAACCAGCGGGAGAGCGAGAGGAUCCCCAGUGACCGUGCUGUCCGUGACACCCGCCAUCACAGGUGUACAACUUUGCACUAUGACCAGGACCUCCCACCAACCAGUGUCAUCAUCACCUUCCACAACGAGGCCAGGUCAACCCUGCUAAGGACAAUUCGGAGUGUGCUGAACCGCACCCCAGUGCACCUCGUCCAUGAAAUCAUACUAGUGGAUGACUACAGUGACGAUCCUGAUGACUGCCGCUUGCUGGGACAGCUCCCCAAGGUGAAGUGCUUGCGGAAUGGACGACGAGAAGGUCUGAUCCGGUCCCGAAUCCGAGGGGCAGAUGUGGCAAAAGCAGGUGUCCUGACCUUUCUGGACAGUCACUGUGAGGUGAAUAAGGACUGGCUGCUCCCUCUGCUGCAGAGGAUCAAAGAGGAUCCCACCCGAGUGGUCAGCCCCGUUAUUGACAUCAUCAACUUGGACACUUUUGCUUAUGUGGCGGCUUCCUCAGACCUCAGAGGAGGUUUCGACUGGAGUUUGCAUUUCAAAUGGGAGCAGCUUUCCCCGGAGCAGAAAGCCAAAAGACUUGAUCCCACCGAACCCAUUAAGACACCCAUCAUUGCUGGAGGGCUGUUUGUGAUCGACAAAGCCUGGUUCAACCACCUGGGGAAAUAUGACAGUGCCAUGGACAUCUGGGGUGGGGAGAACUUUGAAAUCUCCUUCCGUGUGUGGAUGUGCGGAGGGAGCCUGGAAAUCAUCCCCUGCAGCCGUGUUGGGCAUGUCUUCCGGAAGAAACAUCCAUACGUCUUUCCAGAGGGAAAUGCCAAUACAUACAUUAAAAACACCAAGCGCACUGCGGAGGUGUGGAUGGAUGAGUUCAAGCAGUACUACUACGCAGCUCGUCCCGCAGCCCAGGGGAGGCCUUAUGGAAAUGUCCAGAGCAGAGUGGAGCUGCGGAAGAAGUUGAAAUGCCACAGCUUCAAGUGGUACCUGGAAAACGUUUAUCCCGAACUUCGGAUUCCUGAGGAGUCGCUCUAUCAGACUGGGAUGAUCAGGCAAAGACAGAGCUGCCUGGAGUCACACAAGUCUGAAGACCAAGAGCUCCCCAUCCUGAGCUUAAAUCCUUGUAACAGCAGCAAGGGCACAGUACCAAAGGCACAGGAAUGGACGUACACGUACAACCACCAAGUCCGCCAGCAGCAGCUGUGUUUGUCUGUGUACACGCUCUUCCCUGGCUCCCAGGUGCUGCUGUCACCUUGUAAAGAAGGUGACAACAAGCAGCGAUGGGGUAAAGUUGGGUCACACAUUGAACACAUAGCCUCACGCUUCUGUUUGGACACUGAGACGAUUGGGGACACGAAUGAAAGUAUUAAAGAGCUUGUCAUCAACCCUUGUGAGAGCACAGCCAUGAGUCAGCGCUGGGACAUGGUGAUGUCUUGACUUGCUGGAGGAGCUGCACGGCAGGGACGGGCACUGAGACGUUGCUACACGCAGCCAAGAUGCACCAGCUGGAGCUCAAAUGCAAAACCACUGGGGGUCCUUGUGUGCUGUGGGGCAGAAGAAGAAUCGUUCAAAUAAAAAUGGGACAGAGCAGUCCAAGUUGAACAACGCAUUUUGACUCUAAGGCAUGCAGCUGGUAUUGGCCUGUUGGCAGUCAUGGAUUCAGAGAGAAGGGAUGGCAAAAAAACAAGCUUGAAAUGUUUUAAAGGGAUGCUGGGGCUCCUGCUAUGGGCUGUAUAGAACUUCAGUGUGCACAGUAUUGGUUAUCCACCUGAAAAUGCAGGUAGAAGAGCCUUGAAGACCAAAAGGAAACUUGGACUGAGCAAAGCAAGCAUCUCAAUAGCUUUUGAGGGUUGAGGUGGGUGCACAAGGUGGGAUGUGCCAAGGGAUGCUAAGAAACAUCUCCAGGGAUCAAGUGGAAAACACUGAAUUAUCUUUGCACUUUUUACUGCUGUGGAUGUUUUUGUCUCUGCAGACAGCAUGGGUGGAGCCGUGUUGCACGUUUGAAUUUGUACCUAAUCCACGUACAUGUUGUGUAUACAGAGGCAGAGCAGUCAUUUAUGUCUGUGGCCAGGAUCAAAACAGCAGGUAGUGGGGGAAUCCUGCUUUGUGCUAACUGCACAUAGGGCUUGUUGAAUCUCCAAAGCCCAAGCAAACAGAGGAUUCAGUGUGUGAGAUUAAAGGAUAUAAACUGCUGUGAAGCUGGGAGGAAAUGCAGUAACAUGAUUAUUUCUUCUCUCUGGAGGCCAUGGGUCGCUGAAAACUCCCCUAUAAUCUCUCUGUGUCUCUCUCACUGCUUCAGAUCUGGACUAAAUCAAAUUUUCACUUUUAUUCCAUAAAAGUAAUAUUUUUGGUAAUUGAA